AUGGCCAGAUCCUGGCAGGCCCCACAGCUUCUACUGGCCAUUCUGGUGGCCCUGGUGGCCCUCACUUACCAAUUUAGGAGGAAAACUUUUAUAAGUAUCAAAGAAGUGCCUGCAUCAGAAGCUUAUGUGAUAGCCACCAUGCAGUUUGUGACCAAUGAGUUCAACAGAGAAAGUGAUGACAAGUACAACUUCCGGAUUGUGCGAGUUAUGAAGGUCAAGAAGCUGGUUACUGACCACAUGGAGUAUCAUGUGAACUUUGAGAUGCGGCGGACUACCUGUCAAAGACUAGAGACCAAAAACUGCACGUUUCAGGAAGGAGAGCUUUACAAGCAAAUUGAGUGCUUUUACUCAGUGUUUGUUGUUCCCUGGUUUGAAAAGUACAGAAUUCUGCACAAAAAUUGCACCAAUGGCUAG